AAAGCCCUGUGGGCGGAGCCGGAGCGGCGCACGCGGAAGCCGUGCAGUCCACAGCACUUCCGGCGGCCCGCCCACUCCCCCCGACAGCCAAAGGGGAGGCCACUGCGCAGGCGCAAGCGUGCGGGUUGGGGGACCCAGCGGAAGCCACGCCCCUUCCCCAACUCUUAAAGGGACCGCGGCAGCUCAGGAUGUUUAGAGUGGGGAUGCGCAGGCGCAGUGUGGGAGCUCGGGGUGGGAAGUAGCGGUUGGGUAUCAAGUUGCUGUCCGUCCCGGCAGGGGAAGCCUCGGCGCGGCGGGCUCCUUCUCCUGCCACCUCUCUACUCUGUCCAUUGCAGAAGAAAAGUGGAGGUUGAGGCACAGCGAGGUUGAGUCCCUGUCCAGGCUCUCACAGGCUGCACGGAGGAGAUCUGAACCCAGGCAACAGACUCACACCGGGGCUCUGAAGCAUUGCGUGUUACAGCGCCCCAUGGAGCCCACCACGCCCGCAGACCACCUCCUGACCCAGCAGUCCCCGGGACAGGGGCACCCCGAGGUCCCGGGCGAUGAAGCUGAUGAUGGCUCUGACACUGUGGUCCUCAGUCUCUUCCCCUGCACCCCAGAGCCUGGAAAUCCGGAAGCCGAUGCCAGCACCUCCUCCCUGCAGGGCAGCUCCCUGAAGCACUCCACCACCCUCACCAAUCGCCAGAGAGGCAACGAGGUCUCAGCCCUGCCCGCCACACUGGACUCGCUGUCCAUCCACCAGCUGGCGGCGCAGGGGGAGCUGAGCCAGCUGAAGGAACACCUGAGGAAAGGGGACAACCUCGUCAACAAGCCGGACGAGCGGGGCUUCACGCCCCUCAUCUGGGCCUCCGCCUUCGGGGAGAUCGAGACCGUGAGGUUCUUGCUGGAGUGGGGUGCCGACCCCCACAUCCUUGCCAAGGAACGGGAGAGCGCCCUGUCCCUGGCCAGCAUGGGCGGCUACACCGACAUCGUGGCAUUGCUGCUCGACUGCGACGUGGACAUCAACAUCUUUGACUGGAACGGAGGGACGCCGCUGCUGUACGCCGUGCGUGGCAAUCAUGUCAAGUGCGUGGAGGCCUUGCUGGCCCGCGGUGCAGACCUGACCACCGAGGCUGACUCCGGCUACACCCCCAUGGACCUGGCCGUUGCCCUGGGAUACCGGAAAGUGCAACAGGUGAUCGAGAACCAUAUCCUCAAACUCUUCCAGAGCAGCCUGCGGCCUGACGACCCUGAGUGAAGGCCGCUCCGCUCCCAGGCACUCAAGACACUCAGGGAACAGAGGGGCGGCCCAGAGCGGAGGGGUGGGGGCACCUAGCGCUUCCAAGGCAGCUCCUGGACAGGCGGUGGCCUGGGAUCCUCUCAGGUGGAACCAAUAAAUCUUCUGUGCAGAACUGAAAG